AUGGCUCCGUUGAACCCUGCGGGGGUUAGUACCGGGGCAGGGAAUCAUGCGUUGUCUGGUUUUUUAUUUGACGCUGUUACAUACUUGCAGGAAAACGGCCUUCUAAUCGCCAAGGACCCCGCUGGAAGUGAUUCUCAAAAGGUGCGGGAGAUCAACGAAUUCUUCAGUGGAAUGAUUAAGCAGAUAGUUAACUCCAUUGCUAGGGAUAUUACCGCCUUCUACUUAGUCCCCGGGAAGCCUAGGAUGCUCCGUCUCACAGAUCGGCACAUCCUUUCCGUGCUUCCAACUCAAUCUGGCAUACAGGCAGCAACAAAGCGGCGCAUAGAACGGAUUCCCAAGCAGUUGGAGAUUGCAAAGCUCGAGAGGCUUCGGAACUCAAAAUUCUUCAUGGCUACAAACGGGUACAAUAUUGAUAACUAUCUGUAUUACUUUUCAGAAGGAUUCGCAUUCUACGACCGAAUGCUCAAGUCAGAGUAG